AUAUUUAGGUUAAAAUAGACACAUCUGAAUUUUCGUUUAUUUUUCAGAACUGAAUUUGAUAUAUAUUGUUUAUUAUUGUUGUGUACAAGAUAUGGCAUCAUUUAAAAGAUCAAAAGAUCAGCUCGAACAUAAAUUUGUUGAAGCUGAAAGAGCUGAUAAGGAAGAUCGAAAAAGAACGAAAGAAAGUGAUGAUGACGAAGACGACUAUGAAGAUGAUGAUGAAAAGCCAAUCAAUAAAUUCGCUAAUGAUGGAAGCUUUUUGGAAAUGUUUAAAAAGAUGCAACAACAAAAAGAUCAAAGUUCAUCAAUUACAUCUUCCGUUUCAACAUCAUCAACAAAUGCCAUUCCUAAUGAAAACAAAUGCAUUAAAUCGGAGACAAUCGAGAAAACAAAACGAAAACCCAAAAUAUUGAAAGUGGGAAUUAUUGAAAAGACGAAAAAAUCGACAACAAAGACUGGACGUCGACACGACGAUGAUUCGAGCGGACGUGAAGAUUCUGCUUGGAGCCGUUAUAUGAAUGAAGUACGAGCUUACAAAGAAAAAUAUGGUGAUGACGAAGAUAAGAAUCGACCAUUGGUGAAAUAAUUUUUGCAUUAGAAGUAUUGAAGCCAAUUUAAUUGGCACAUUUGAUUGUUUGCCAUAA